ACUCGCACUCGCUUAAUCCAAACCACGAUCCUUUCACUUUAGUCCAGCAUUCCCAGCUCUGUAUCGGAAUUCCGGUUCCAUUUUGUCAGCCUCGAAAAAGUAUAACUAAAUCAAAAAUACCUAAUUGAAAAAUAACUAUCUCCGCCAACAUCUCAAAUCCCAAAUCUCAAAAAGCCACACUAUCAAACACAAUGCCCAACAUCCUCGCCAUCUUCGGCGCAACCGGCCAACAAGGCAGCUCCGUCCUCAACCACGUCCUCACCUCCCCCACCCUCUCCACAACCUACACCAUCCGCGCCAUAACCCGCACGCCCACCUCUCCCGCCGCCGUUGCCCUCUCCCUCUCCCAAAAAGUCCAAGUAGUCCAAGCCGACACCUCCUCCCUUUCCUCCCUCACCACAGCCCUCUCGGGCGUACACACCAUCUUCGCCAUGACCACCGCCACCGCCUCCCUAGACCCCUGCGCCGAAUUCACCUCCGCCAAAAACAUCGCCGACGCCGCCGUCUCCCAGGGCGUCAAGUACCUCAUCUUCAGCACCCUACCGCCCGUGACCGCGAUCUCGGGCGGCAAAUACAGGGCCGUGACGCCGUUUGACGCGAAAGCUAGAGCGGAGACGUAUAUCCGCGGAUUAGAGGGGAUCCAAAGCGCGUUUUUCUGUCCGGGGUCGUUUAUGGAGAAUUUUGCGCAGCAGGGGUUUUUGGCGCCGAGGUGGGUUAUGGAGAGGUGUAAUGGUGCUGGGACGAAAGUGCCGUUGAUUGAUGCGGUGGGGGACUCGGGGAGGGUGGUGGGUGCUAUGCUUGCGGAGCCGGAGAGGUUUGUGGGGAGGAGGGUGUGUGCUGCGGAGAGGUGGUAUAGUUUGGAGGAGAUUGUGGGGAUUAUUAGUAGGAAGACGGGGAAGAGGGUUGUUUAUAGGCAGAUUUCUGUGGAGGAGUUUAGGGAGCGGUUGGCGGUGUCGUUGCCGGGGAUGAUGGUGGAUGUUUUCGUCGAUGCGUUUCAGUAUGGUGAGGAGUUUGGGUAUUUCGGACCUGGGGGUGAGGAGGAGGUAAAGUGGGCGAAGGAGAAUGUUGGGGAGAAGUUGACGAGUUUGGAGGAGUUUUUGGAGAGGCAUCCCUUGAAGCUUGAGUAAGCCAAUGCGAAACGACACCAAAAGGAGGUAUCAGAUAUUUGAUUCAUGGAAUUAGUAGAGUCAGAAUGAUUGAGAAGGUCCAAGUUGAGGAUUGCAAAAUCACGUCCUAUUGCCUCUUUUGCAUGAUGUUUGCGGUUCGAUUGUAAAGGAAGAUUUCCCGAGUCGUAAAGACCAUGUAUCCAAUGACACUGGGCUCUCAAGCACCAAUGAAAAUC